AGCUACCACUGCAACGACCUAGCCUUCAAGAUGAUGAAAAUCAUAAUCCUCGCCUUGGUUUGUCUGUCCAUGACAUCUGCCAUCAUGAAGGGAUACGGCUACGGCAUUGGAUACGGCCUGGGCAUGGGCUAUGGUGGCAUGGGAUACGGAAUGGGCAUGGGCUUUGGUGGCAUCGGAUACGGAAUGGGCUAUGGCGGUUACGGAAUGGGCUAUGGUGGUUACGGAAUGGGCUAUGGCGGUUACGGAAUGGGCUUUGGCGGUUACGGAAUGGGCUUUGGCGGUUACGGACUGGGUAUGGGCGGCUUUGGCUACGGAUACGGAAAGAAGAUGAUGUACUAAUCUCAUCUAUGACACUGAUAUAUGGAAGAUCUACAGACGUCGCGUGACAGCUGAAGAAAUCAUACCAUGUAUGGACUCUAACAGUAAAAUUCGUGUAUUUCCUCAUAGAAAUAAAAUUUGCAUUCUAAAA